AUGGUUAGUUGUCGUGUUUUAGCUGGAGUUGAUGAUGAUAAUUCAGCUCCCAAAAAAUCAGUAAAAAUGUUAUCAACGGAGCGAGUUUCCAAUGGUCUCAAGGAAUUAAUUCUUAAUAAAGAGAUGUACACAAAGAAAUUAUUAUUGCUGUGCUCAGAUGUUGAAGCCGACGACGAUGACGACGGAACAAUCUCCUACCAGAAACAUUGCAGGGGAUUGCCACAACUGCCGUUACAUUGCAACAGCAACAACAUGAUCAACAACAACAUCAGCAACAACAACAACAUCAAGAACAACAACAACAGCAUCAACAAGAACAACAGCAACAUCAGCAACAGCAACAACAUCAAGAACAACAACAACAACAGCAUCAACAAGAACAACAGCAACAUCAGCAACAGCAACAACAUCAAGAACAACAACAACAACAGCAUCAACAAGAACAGCAACAUCAGCAACAGCAACAACAAAGGAAUAACCGUUUUCUUGUCGUCCCCGUCAACAAUGACGACACCGACAACAACAAAUACUCUCUUGUUGACAUCAUUGGCCUCAACAACUACAACCCCACUUCCGAACCCCCCACCAACCUACCCCCCUUUAGCCUACCCUCCACUAACCCCCAUAAAAUCCAUCUUGAAGAAGACAUUGAAGAACAAAAAUUUGAACUGCCAGCAUCCAAUCAGCAGUUGCAGCACUGACUCCUACUUGCUGAGACCGAAAACAUCGAGGGGGACUCGGUGUGAGAAGGGGCUUGGCAAGAAGGUUUCCUUCGAUGAGAAGAUCUGCUGGCUCAAUGAACAGAACUCAACAAGCCUGUAUCUGAACAGUCUGUGGGAGAACGAGCGAGAAAGCAUCCAGCAAACCGCCCGCAACUACGUCAACCCAGCAAACUGUCAAACGAACACACAAAAUUUGUGGCGUCCAAACCUCACAAAUUCAGAUUCAAUAAAAGAAACAGUGGCAACAUCCAGUGAAAAGAAAGAUUCAAACCUUCUGCCAAAUGUUUGCGGAAAAGAAAAUAGCAUCUUCAGCAAAGUAUCGAACGCAGUUGCCUGCUUGAACGGGCUCAACAACUCCGAACCUUCCAACAAAAUUGCGAGCCAACUUUAUAAGGAUGAUGAAGACGAUUACGAGAAGAGUUAUCUACAGCUAGAAACCUCUUUUUGGCGGAAACAACAUCUGCAACACUCUCAACAACAUCUUCAGCAACAAAUUUUGAACCAUAGCCAAACAGACUCAAACAGCAUUCAAGAAGAAAAUAUUCAUUGCACACUCGCAUCCAACCUCAAACAGGACCAGGUGAAGGAAAAGUUUUUAUAUUUGCCAGACCUGGCACAAGAACAGCAACAACAUUUUCAUCAGAAAAUAAAACACGAUCCUCAACAGAGUCAGCGAGAGAAGAAGUCCAUUCUCGAAAUGAAUGAAAAUAGGAGGUACAGACAGGCUUUGAAUGAAAAGCUGAAGAUUCAACUGGAUAGGAUUGCCCAACGCAAGCAAGCAGAACAACAUCGGCAACAACAACAUCGACAACAAUAUCAGUAUCGACAACAACAACAACAACAACAACAACAUCAUUUUCAACAACAUUCAUUUCUGCCCAACAUACCACAUUACAAUCAACAGCAGAAAACAAAACCCAUCGCGAGCAAAUCCACCAGGCUGCCAAGGCUUUCUCGAGCAACCAACGAAACAAAUUUUAUCCAAACUUCAACAAAUACGGCAGCAAGCAGGUUGAUGCAAGUAAAAAAUCAACAUUCACUGACAACAACAACAACUAACAAAGCCAACUCUGCUAUAACAUUAGUGAGUUCAUCAACAUCGACAACGAACCUCUUCCAUGAUGAACAACUCCAGCAUGUCCUGCAGCACAAAACCCACCAACCAUCCCAGCAGACUUCAUCAUUCCAGCAACGACAACUGCAACUGCAACCUUUCCAAAGUUACGACAACCAUCACCAACCAGCAUCAUCAUCAACACGUCACACGUCGUCAUCUUCAUCUUCGUCAUUUUCACCGUUGUCAAACUCAUCUCCAUCAUUCGCUAUCACAAACAACCAACGCCAGCAACAACAGCGAACGAGACAAUUAUUGCAAAGUGAACUUCAGAACCGACACCGACCUCCACAACAGCACCAGCGCCAUCAACGUUCAAGACAAAUUACUUUCUUUGCCGAUUUCAUCCAGCCGGUCAUCAAAAACUCGAAACUAAUCGACAAAAUUAAAAGACAGCACAUCGCUCUCGAAUACUGCAAUGUAAUCGAAUCUCACAGCAAACAAACCUGGAUCCUCUUCGGUAUAAUACUCGUUCAAAACUUAAUAUGCGACCGAAAAGUAUUCGUGAGAUAUUCGACCGACAGCUGGACCACAUACCGAGAUCUGACCGCCGUCCUCGCCGAGCAGCUGACGCCUCUCAUAGACGCCUACACGUUUGGAGUGGGCGUUACGCUAGGAGAGUUGGUGGGCGGCAACAAAAUAUUGAGGAAUGAAUCCGUCGGUGCUGAUGACGAUGACGAUGAUGAUGAAAAACAUGUCGGUGGUAAUGAUGAUGAUGAUGAUGUGAGUUAUGCAAGUGAGGACAUCAAGGGAAAUGUUGUUGAAGACAUUAAUAAUCACAACAACAACAACGACAACAACAACGACAACGACGCAUCUGGCAAAUACGCUGGGAACGUUGGAAUCGAAGGCGAAACCCCAAAUGCGAGUAACAUUGCUCACAUAAGUUUCAAAAACAACAACAACAACAACAAUGAUGAUGAUGGUUUUAGUCAUUUUGACAGUAAGAGUAGCGAACCGGGGAACGAUGAAGACGCUUCAGACAAUGGAUCCAACGCUCGAAUUGAGCUGGCUCUGUGCGUGCGGUCCAAUGGUGCCAGCCAGUAUGUGAGGCUGAGUGUGAGGAAGGCCAGAGGAAAGAUGAUCCGCGAGUAG